AGAGUUGGAAAGACGCAGGAGAGAAGCAGGAGGCAGGAGGCAGCGGGGAGGGAGCAAUGGGACCGGGAAGCCGCAGGUUCCCUCGCAAAUCCCCCUCCGUCCCCACGUCGUCUCGCCGGCCGCGGCAGGGGAGCGAGGAGCCGGGCGAGCAGAUGGAGGAGUGGAGCUCGCUCUAGGCAUCGGGCUUGGCCGGAGAAUGGAGGAGCCGCCAAGCGAUCGGCUGAUUGGAAGAGAAACGCAGAGCGAUGGAGGCGGGGGUAGGAGGACGAUUUCUCUGCGGGGACUGGCGGCGGCGUAUACGCCCGGGUCGGGCGCUGCAGAGCUUGGCUAGCUUUCAACCCGCGCUUGCCGGCUCCAGCCCCGCGCGCCCCCACCCCCAGCCCUCCCGGCGGCUCCGCAGGGUGAGGUGGCUUUGACCCCGGCUUGCCUGGCCAGCACGACCGAGGAGGUGGCUGGACGGCUGGAGAAUGAACGGAGAAGCCGACUGCCCCACAGACCUGGAAAUGGCCGCCCCCAAAGGCCAAGACCGCUGGUCCCAGGAAGACAUGCUGACUUUGCUGGAAUGCAUGAAGAACAACCUUCCAUCCAAUGACAGCUCCAAGUUCAAAACCACCGAGUCACAUAUGGACUGGGAAAAAGUAGCAUUUAAAGACUUUUCUGGAGACAUGUGCAAGCUCAAAUGGGUGGAGAUUUCUAACGAGGUGAGGAAGUUCCGUACGUUGACAGAAUUGAUCCUCGAUGCUCAGGAACACGUUAAAAACCCUUACAAAGGCAAAAAACUCAAGAAACACCCGGACUUCCCAAAGAAGCCCCUGACCCCUUAUUUCCGCUUUUUCAUGGAGAAGCGGGCCAAGUACGCAAAACUCCACCCCGAGAUGAGCAACCUGGACCUGACCAAGAUUCUGUCCAAGAAAUACAAAGAGCUGCCGGAGAAGAAGAAGAUGAAAUAUAUUCAGGACUUCCAGAGGGAGAAACAGGAGUUUGAGCGAAACCUCGCCCGAUUCAGGGAGGAUCACCCAGACCUAAUCCAGAACGCCAAGAAGUCGGACAUCCCUGAGAAGCCCAAAACCCCCCAGCAGCUGUGGUACACCCACGAGAAGAAGGUGUACCUCAAAGUGCGGCCAGACGCCACUACGAAGGAGGUGAAGGACUCCCUGGGGAAGCAGUGGUCUCAGCUCUCGGACAAAAAGAGGCUGAAAUGGAUUCAUAAGGCCCUGGAGCAGCGGAAGGAGUACGAGGAGAUUAUGCGUGACUAUAUCCAGAAGCACCCCGAGCUCAACAUCAGUGAGGAGGGCAUCACCAAGUCCACCCUCACCAAGGCCGAACGCCAGCUCAAGGACAAGUUUGACGGGCGACCCACCAAGCCACCUCCGAACAGCUACUCGCUGUACUGCGCAGAGCUGAUGGCCAACAUGAAGGACGUGCCCAGCACAGAGCGCAUGGUGCUGUGCAGCCAGCAGUGGAAGCUGCUGUCCCAGAAGGAGAAGGACGCCUACCACAAGAAGUGCGACCAGAAAAAGAAAGAUUAUGAGGUGGAACUGCUCCGUUUUCUAGAGAGCCUGCCUGAGGAGGAACAGCAGCGGGUCCUGGGGGAGGAGAAGAUGUUGAACAUCAACAAGAAGCAAGCCACCAGCCCAGCCUCCAAGAAGCCCUCCCAGGAAGGGGGCAAGGGUGGCUCGGAGAAGCCCAAGAGGCCCGUGUCAGCCAUGUUCAUCUUCUCGGAAGAAAAGCGGCGGCAGCUGCAGGAAGAGCGGCCUGAGCUUUCAGAGAGCGAGCUGACCCGCCUGCUGGCCCGCAUGUGGAACGACCUGUCAGAGAAGAAAAAGGCCAAGUACAAGGCCCGGGAGGCCGCACUGAAGGCCCAGUCAGAGAGGAAGCCGGGCAAGCUGCCAGAGUCACCCAAAAGAGCCGAGGAGAUCUGGCAACAGAGUGUCAUCGGCGACUACCUGGCCCGCUUCAAGAAUGACCGGGAGAAGGCCUUGAAAGCCAUGGAGAUGACUUGGAACAACAUGGAAAAGAAGGAGAAACUAAUGUGGAUUAAGAAGGCGGCCGAAGACCAAAAGCGAUACGAGAGAGAGCUGAGUGAGAGGCGGGCACCCCCGGCUGCUGCAAACUCAUCCAAGAAGAUGAAGUUCCAGGGAGAACCCAAGAAGCCUCCCAUGAACGGUUACCAGAAGUUCUCCCAGGAGCUUCUGUCCAAUGGGCAGCUGAACCACCUGCCACUGAAGGAGCGCAUGGUGGAGAUUGGCAGCCGCUGGCAGCGCAUCUCCCAGAGCCAGAAGGAGCACUACAAAAAGCAGGCCGAGGAGCAGCAGAAGCAGUACAAAGUGCACCUGGACCUCUGGGUCAAGAGUCUGUCUCCCCAGGACCGUGCAGCAUAUAAAGAGUACAUCUCGAAUAAACGUAAGAGCAUGACCAAGCUGCGAGGCCCGAACCCCAAGUCCAGCCGGACGACCCUGCAGUCUAAGUCGGAGUCUGAGGAUGACGAUGAAGAGGAUGAAGAGGAGGAGGAGGAGGAGGAGGAGGAGGAAGAUGAUGAGAACGGGGACUCCUCUGAGGACGGCGGGGACUCCUCCGAAUCCAGCAGCGAGGAUGAGAGCGAGGAUGGGGAUGAGAACGAGGAGGACGACGACGACGAGGACGACGACGAGGACGACGACGAGGAUGAGGACAACGAGUCCGAGGGCAGCAGCUCCAGCUCCUCCUCCUCGGGGGACUCCUCGGACUCUGACUCCAACUGAGGCUCAGCCCCACCCGGGGCUCCCCUCCCCGACUGACCACCUUUGUUUCUCCCCCAUGUUCUGUCCCCUGCCCCUUGGCCUCCCCCACUUUCUUUCUUUCCUUUUUUUUUUUUUUUAAAAAAAAAAACAAAAUACGGUGGGGGGAGGCACUGGAGGCGCCCAGGCCAGAACUCUUCGGCCUCAGAGACAUCAGCCCUGGGGGGCCCUCCAGGGAGCACAACCAUCAGACUGAGCCACCACUGGACCGGCCCAGCCCACCCCCUUCUGCACUUGCGGUUCCGGCAUGGACAAUGGACCUGGGAGUGGGAUGGGGGGGUGGGUCCCAAAGAGUUCAGUGAGGCCCCCUACACCUGCAGCCCAACCCAAGGGAGGGUGGAAGCUUGGGAAAGACCCCUUUCUUUCCAGAGGGGCUUGCAGCCUGGACCCCUACGUUGGAACUGGAGGCAGGGAACAUGGGAGAGGAGGGGCGGGCGCCUAUGGGAAAAUAGGCACUGCCCCAUGGCCCUCUCCUGACCCCUGCGGGAAGGAGCUGCCUGGACCCACUCACGGCGGGGAGGGGGCAGAAGUGUUUUUUAUAUAUGUGUAUAUAUUUUUUUUUUUUAAGCUCUGAGCUGUCAACGAGACGUUUCCUACCGA